AUGGCUACCAGCAAAUCAGAAGGCGAGCCGAUCACCCCGGACGACAGCGACCUCCCGCGUCCACAAUUUCCUGCCGGCCCGCCCAGCAUCAUAUCGUCGAGGAUGACCGACAUUGCCUCUGAAGAUGGAGAUGCCUUCGACGAGAGACAGACAUCGAGUGUCAGCAAUGCCCAAAGACGGAGUUACUUGGCGACCGAGUCGCGACCCGGAACUGCAAAGACUGGCUUGUCUUCCUCGAGAGGCGCAUGGUCACAAUCGACACCACUGCGACGAGGGGUGCAGAGAGGUAGCCUGAGUGGAAGCAUUUCCGGUUCCGUGUCUGGGAGACCACCUAGCGCCGCCAGCCGAAGCCACGUCCCGUCACUCACAUCCCAUGCCUUCUUUCAUCCGAUGAGCUCGCAGAAGCUACAAGCGCAACGUGGCGCAUCGAGGCCUGCCACCACGAGUCAGCAGCAUGGGACCAUGGACGAAGUUGCCGCAGGCCAUGUUGCGCAGCAACGAGAUUCCAUGUCAUCCAGUCCAGUCCAUCGUAUUGCGCGGGAACCCGUCGAUGAUGCCGACCUCGAGCCGCCGCCUUCUAGAGGCACUGAAAUGACUGAGCAGGAGACUUAUGACAGGAUCACUGCUAACACGAGUCCUACCCAUGGUAAUACGGCUGGCAGUCUGACCGACAGCGUGCGGCCCUUGCAACGAAAGAAACCCGAAGGCCCCGACCUCAGUAUUGAUGUUAAUAAGGCUCAAAACAAGAGUGGCGCCAAUACCUCAGUUCCAAUGAAGUCUCCUCGCUCCUUCAGAUCCAGCUUGUUCAUUUCCAAGGGGGAUUCGGCUGGCAACCCAACGAACCGCAGCAUGCCCGGUGCUGAAAAGCUCUCCUCUGGUGCAUCCAGUCCGCAGUUGACCCCGAUGGCUACUGCUUCGACAUCAGCGCAGAACAAGUCCAUCAAGAGCAAGGCGCCAAACCACGGAAAAAAUCACGAGUACUUUGAGGGCAAUACGUUCUUCUGUAUUGGCGGCCGACUUCAAAACACCAGGCAUCGUCCAAUCAAUAUUGCCACUGCAUCGUUUGUCGUGAUUCCUGCCGUCCUCUUCUUCGUCUUCUCGGCGCCAUAUCUCUGGCACGAGGUCUCUCCGGGCGUCCCGAUUGUCUUCGCGUACAUAUUCUACAUUUGCAUUUCCUCGUUUCUCCAUGCCUCUGGAUCUGACCCUGGAAUCUUACCGCGAAACUUGCACCAAUUUCCACCGCCAUCUGAGAACGAGGAUCCUCUGAGACUUGCACCGCCCACAAAUGACUGGACACUUAUCAAAUCAGCCGAGUCAAGCACUGCCGCCAUGGAAGUUCCAACUAAGUAUUGUAAGACUUGCAAUCUUUGGCGACCACCCCGGGCCCAUCACUGUCGACUUUGCGACAACUGUGUAGAAACCCAGGACCAUCACUGUGUGUGGUUGAACAAUUGCGUGGGUCGUCGCAACUACCGUUACUUCUUUACCUUUGUCUCGUCUGGUUCGCUCUUGGCACUGUACCUCUUUGGUGCCUCCCUGGCCCAGAUCUUGAUUUAUGCAAAGAAGGAGGACGUCUCCGUCGGCACCUCCAUCAGCCACUUUCGGGUCCCAUUUGCCAUGGUCAUCUACGGCAUCAUCUCUUCCAUCUACCCAAUUGCCCUCAUGGGCUAUCACAUAUUCCUCAUGGCUCGUGGAGAAACCACUCGCGAAUUUUUGAACUCUCACAAGUUCCUUAAGAAGGAUCGCUACCGACCCUUUACUCAAGGAAGUAUGCUGAAGAACUGGGUGGCUGUACUCUGCCGUCCACGACCACCAACAUACUACCAGUUCAAGGGACGCUUUGAGAGGGGAGAUCAGCGAUUCGCAGUCCAGAAGGUUCAACGUCAACGCAUGGCUUCGAGCCACGGGCAGGAUGUGGAGAUGCAGGAUGUGCCGCCGUCAUCAUCUGGCUUUCAGGGCCCUGUAGCUUUGGAACAAGAGAGGAGCCAGCAGGCGUGA